UUGACUACUCACGCUAGUGGGUCAGCUGAGCUGUGUCAUGUGAUCUCAGCCAAGCUGGCAGCAGAGGAGAGGAAGGGGAGUUUUUGGUAGCUGGAGAAGAGCUGGGGUGCAGUGGGCAGGCCUGUGCAAGGAAGAUGAAGGGCCCCCAGCCUCUCUUGGUUUUGGUCUUGGCUCUUCUCCUGCCCCGACUGGAGCCAGGUGAUGCCAGUGUGAUCCUCUCUGCUCCUCCCACUGUGAGUCUAGAGAACAGAAGUUCAAAGAAUGUGACCAUCGAGACUAGUGCUCCUGUAAACGUGACAACUGUCAUCGUCUUAAAUGUAACCUACACCUCAAAAAAUACCACCAUUGUUCAGCUUCCAGAGCAGGUGGUGUUGCUUACCGAAGCCAUGACUACAAGCUUUGAAGUCCAGGCAAGGGAAGUCGGCCAAGUGACCGUACACCUGCUCAGCAACAACACCAAUGUUACAAGCACUCACACCAGGAUCCGGUUCAGCGUUAUACGAAGCCAGAUCCUCGAAAUCGUCAACCAGGUGAUUGGCUGGAUCUACUUCCUGGCCUGGUCUAUUUCAUUUUACCCCCAAGCGUACGAGAACUGGAGAAGGAAAAGUGUGGUGGGGCUCAAUUUUGACUUCCUGGCCCUCAAUUUGACUGGUUUCAUUGCAUACAGUGUCUUCAACAUUGGUCUCUUCUGGGUUCCCUAUAUCCAGGAGGAAUUCCUGAAAAAAAAUCCUGAUGGGGUGAACCCAGUGGAUGCCAAUGAUGUUUUCUUCAGUGUUCAUGCCUUUGUGCUGACGCUCGUGUAUAUAUGUCAGUGCGUUAUUUAUGAGAGAGGAGGCCAGAGAGUGUCCAAGGUGGCCAUCGGCUUGCUGGUGAUUGCUUGGACUUUUGCCAUCUUCACCUUCUUCAUUGCCGUAGCCCACAAGAUCACCUGGCUGGAAUACCUCUACUACUUUUCCUACAUCAAGCUGGGUGUCACACUGGUCAAAUACAUUCCGCAGGCUUUCAUGAACUACCAGAGGAAAAGCACCGAGGGCUGGAGCAUAGGAAACGUGCUGCUGGACUUCACAGGCGGGGCUUUCAGUCUUCUGCAGAUGUUCUUACAGUCCUAUAAUAACGAUGAGUGGAAGCUGAUUUUUGGAGACCCUACAAAGUUUGGUCUGGGGUUAUUUUCCAUUUUAUUUGAUAUCUUGUUCAUGGUUCAGCACUACUGCUUGUAUCGUCAUAAAUCCGUAGAGUAUGAGGUUCUGGAAUAGACUUGUGGGUACCUCUUCCUCUUUUGAUAUACUGCUUUAGAGCAGUGUCAAACUUGAACCUUAAUCCAAAAAGGGAUAAUAUUGGUGUCCAUUUCUCUUUCUCCUCUAACACUUCCCACAGUGAGCAACAUUUCAGCACUGUUCCCAGAAUUAUUUGGAAAAUGUCUUCUAUAAAUGCAUAAAUGCUGUUUUCAUCCUUUGUUUUUUCAGCACCACGGUUUCAUUUUAAUUUCCUUCAAAUGAUUCCUUUUAAUUGACCCAGUCUUUCAAAGCAACCAUGUCUGGUCUUUAGUGUAACACUAAAGAAAAAAAGCUAGGAAUACUGGACUGAAUUGUGCCCACAUUCCUUAUAAGUAUUUAGGCCUUUUAAGUCUUUUUAACACCAGGUUCAAUGUUCAGGUUGUUACACUAAUUGAAACUGUGAUGGACAGCAACCAGUCAAUCACUUCUGGAUACAGCAUGAGAGGCAGAUUUGUUUUUGCUGUUAUAGGUCACACCUUCUCAUAAUGGUCAUUUUUAAGCUAGGUGAGUAGUUGAGUAUUACAUUUGAUUUUACUUUCUUUCUUCAAUAGUUCACUGAUGGUCACUAGUACAUAUAUUUUUUUUAGAUCAUUUUUGUAUAUUGUCCAAUUUAUACUUGACUAGCAUAGUAACACAUUUAGCAGAAUUUUUAAAAGAUUUAGUCUUGCCACAACUGGUUCCACAUAUACAGCUUUAAGAGAAAUCGAGUCAAAUUUUAAUAAUGGAGAUAAAUAUUUUUGUAAUUUAUUUUGCAGGUGUAUAGUAAAAGUAUGAAGUACUUAAUAUAAGUUUGUUACCACAUUUUAUAGAUAGGUACAAUAUACCACACCUGAUUGUAUUUUACUCUUUUUUGAGUAAUACCCAGGCAAAAGGAUUAAUUACUAAAUUUUUGGGUAUAUGUUACCAUAAGAUUUGUGUAAUUGCUUUUGUUGCACAUAUGUUUUCAGGUGCUUACAACAUUCAGUAAUGACUUCAUUCAGAUACUUUUAAAUUAUGCAAUACACCAAAUACCUCCAUAAACUCACGUCUGGUUUUAAAAAGCUUUCUUGGACAUGAGCUUGUAUUUAUACAAGUAUGUCUAUUCAGAAGCAGCUUUUGUAAGAAAUAAUUGCUUCAGGAGUUUGUGAUCGUUUGAGAUUGUAAUGGGAUUUUUUUUUUCCACUGGUUAAAAAUUCUUUAAAAAAUAACUAAAGGUUGAUAUUUCAUUUAAUGGUAGAAUGCAUUUAUGUACUGUUUUUUGGAAUCUAAAAGUGUAGCUUUUAUACUACUCCUAAAUUAAUCUACUGUUCUUUUGCAACUUGUGUAUUUUUUUUAAUGUUUGAUACAAUUUGCAUAGACAAUUCAUAUAUUUUACCUGUCACAACUUGCAAAUAAAACAAUUGCAGCUUUUUACAAUUUUUUUCCUCAAUUAAACGUAUAUUUUCCGCAA